CUUUCAACACCGCAGGCCGAAUAAUCGGCCACGACGUCAUGAGUCCCCAGACACCGCAGGCCGAUUAUUCGGCCACAGAAAUCGUAUACCUUUCAACACCGGAGGCCGUUUAAUCGGCCAGCGCGUCUUGAUGUAAACAACAUAUGUUUCUACAUCCGUUUCUCGCUGUAAAAGGUCAGGUGACAGUCUAAAACUAGAUUUGAGGCAUUAUGGGAUGUUGAUGACGAAAUUUCCUUUCUUUUUCGCGGGAAAAUUGAACAGGGAGGUAUACUUUUUCCGAGGUGAGUUUUCGCGUUGCGAUUUGAUUUUACCACUCUUGCGUAAUGGCUGCCAGUCAUGAAUCGGAUAGCGACGAGUUUUCGGACAACGAUUUCAUUGAUGAUGUAGGUGGUUUUGAUUUAGUUGAACUAAAUGCCGAUGCUGAACUUGAAUUUCGCGAACUUUUCGGAGACUCGGAUGACGACGACGACGAUUUUGCAGGUUUCAUGGAAUAUUUUCCACCAGACUUUUCUAUGUGGGUUUGGAAAAAGGAUUACGAUGGUGGGCGUGACCGCAAGGAAUUUGUGAGUGAAACUGGUCCCGUUAGGGUUGAUUUGCCUGAAGACAGGCGCAAUUCUAUUGGUUUUUUUCAGUUGUUUUAUUCAGAUGAUGUGUUUGAACAAAUAACAUCGGCAACAAAUGACAACGCGAACAACAAACGGACCCGAGAUCCUGACAACAACAAAGGUGAGUGGCACGAUGUUACUGUUGAAGAAAUGAAAGCUUUCUAUGGUGUCUUACUGUACAUGGAUGUUGUCAGGCUUGACAGGGAUGAAAUGUACUGGCAUUCUGGCUCUAGUUAUACUUGGUUGAAAUUUCCAAUUAGUGAAGUGUUUUGUAGAACCAGAUUUGUUCAAAUCAAGAGGUAUUUACAUUUCAAUGAUGACACACCUGUGCCUGGUGACAAAUUGUUCAAGGUCAGGUAUAUUCUUGAUACCAUGAGAACAGCUUUUCAGAGUCAUUACAGACUUCACAAGCAGGUGUCAGUGGACGAGGCUAUGGUUCCUUUCAAGGGCAGGCUUAGUAUCAAGCAAUACAUGAAGGACAAGCCUACCAAGUUCGGAGUGAAAGUCUGGGUAUUGGCGGACUCCGUCACCGGGUAUUGUUGGAAUUUUGAUGUCUAUGCUGGUAAGUAUGGAACUGAAAUUGACCGCAAGCUAGGCCUUGCUGGACAGGUAGUUAUCAAAUUGUGUGAAAACAUAAUGAACAAGGGUCAUGUCAUCUUCACUGACAACUUUUAUACCAGUGGUACUCUUGGUGAUUAUCUGUUGCAGAAAGAUACCUACCUGUGUGGCACAGCUCGUACCAACAGGAAGGGCUACCCCACCGUUGAUCUCCCGUCAGGUAAGGCAGCAAACCGACUGCAGAGAGGCACCAUCGACUGGCGGCUUGUGGGGACUUCGUUGCAACGAUGUGGAAAGACAACAAGCCUGUUUUCUACCUCAGCACGGCACACUCUCCCGAGGAAGGCGGUUUGACAACGAAAAGGAGGAAGAAGGACGGGUCGCAGGAAAUCCUUCCCAGCACACCAUGUGUGAAGGAUUAUGGAAAGUAUAUGGGAGGGGUUGAUAAGUUAGACCAGAACACUCGCCAAAAUAAAAGCAAAAAAACUAUGAGAUGGUAUAGACGUGUUGAGGUGAAGUUAAGAGAAAUUGCCAUUUACAAUGCCUAUGUGAUUGAAGGGACCAUCGUCAACCACACGCCUGAUGGGAAGCGAAAGCGUGACAUGCUGGCCUUCAAGCUUGAGCUGCUGCAUCAACUCAUCGGAGGGUACCGCCAGGACAGGAGGCAGCCAGGUCGUUCCAGAUCAGAGACAUCGUUGGAGCAGGAACGCUUGGAUGGGAACGGUCACUGGCCAGUGCCGUCAGGUAGUGUGGACACCCGGUGUGUGGUUUGUGUCAAGAUGCACACUGCGUAUAGUGUACAGCACCCAGGUACAAAGUAUGCUGACAAUCCUUUCAAACGAGUAAAGUCAUCAAUUAAGUGCUCAAAGUGCAAUGUCCCUCUGUGUGUAAGUACCACAAAGUCAUGCUUUAUGAACUACCACACUAAAGUGUAGUAUUGGCGGUAAGUUGUUUGUCCUGUAGACAAGCAUGAAAGGUUUGAAAGCUGCUGUUCAUGAAAUCUCCACUAUUUACCAUUGCUUAUCAUUGUGUGUGUACAUAUUGAUAUAUUUAUUUAUUUAUUUAUUUAUUUAUUUAUUAAUUACUAUUUAUCCAUAUUCAUUGAAUAUUUACAGUUAUGUUUCUGUUGUCAUAAAUUAUUUUUGUACAGAUUUCUUUGUGUAUAUAUGGUGCUAUAUUUAUUGUCUUCCUUUUCAAACUCAUCUCUUUUCUUUCAUUUCUUCAGG